AACUUUGAAAUCUCUCUUCCCUCCCACCUCCUCCUUUCCAUGCUCGCUCCAUUGAUAGUUACAUAGAUAGACCUUCACUUAGCUAGCCAUGGGUUGCGCCUCCUCCGCCUUCCUCGAAGAUGAGGACCGUAUCGUCGGUGGCCCCGCAGUCGGCCACCACAUCGUCUCACUCACCUCCACCACCUACGGCCUCCUCACCACCCUCGACCAACCCCCUCCCCAAACCCCUCCUCCUCCACCACCACCACCACCUCCGCCACCGUCUACCCCCUCCUCCACCCUCCGCUUCCUUCCCAUCCUCCGCUCCGAGCCCGAGGUCAUCAACUCCUGGGAGCUCAUGGCCGGCCUCGACCCCACCACCCCUUCCAAGCCCGCCCUCACCCCCUCCCCAAAACCCUUCGCAAGUCCGGGCAAGGAGAACUACUCCCACCGAUCUCUCCGCUUCUCCGAUCCCAAGAGGAAGGAAAACAUCCUCCGGCCGCUCGAUGCCGGCCAGCGGCCGGUGAGGUACCCGCCGGAGAUGUUCGAGAAGAGGUGCCCGCCGGGCGGGGCGCAGGCAGCGGUGCUGUACACGACGACGCUGCGGGGGGUGCGGAAGACGUUCGAGGACUGCAACGCGGUGCGGGCGGCGGUGGAGGGGCUCGGGGUGUGGGUGCGGGAGAGGGACGUGUCGAUGGACCUGGGGUUCCGGGAGGAGCUCCGGGAGCUGAUGAAGGGGAGCGGAGUUCAGGGGCCAGUGGUUCCGAGGCUGUUCGUGAAGGGAAGGGACAUCGGCGGGGCGGAGGCGGUGCUGAGAAUUCACGAGGAAGGCGGUCUGGCGAGUUUGCUGGAGGGGCUGCCGAUGGCGCCCCACGGCGGGGUCUGCGACGGGUGCGGCGGGGUGAGGUUUCUGCCGUGCUUCCAGUGCAGCGGAAGCCGGAAGGUGGUGGUGGUGGUGGUGGCGGCGACGGAGGAGGAGGAGAAGGAAAGGGGGAAAGGUGGUGGAUGGAAGCCUGGGAAGGGGAAGGUUGUGAGAUGUUCUGAGUGUAACGAGAACGGAUUGGUGCUCUGCCCCAUCUGCUCCUGAUUUUUUUUUUCUUUUUUUACACUUUUUUUUGAAUUUUGUAAGG